AACGAAACACUGUUUUACACGUCUGUGCUGUUGUGUUAAAGAAAUAAGUGAGGAUUGGUUUAUAUAAUUCUUAUUUAUAUAUGUAUAGUUUUUUUUGUUGAUAUGAAAUAACAAGUGCUUGGCUGUUUUAUUUCCCAAAGAAGUAUUGAGUGAAUAAAUAUCAAGAUAUUGAAUUAUAAUUUCCUAUUUAAGGAUGGCUGUGGUGGAACAACCUUGUUAUACUCUGAUCAAUUUUCCAUCUGAUUUAGAGCCUCCUAAUGAAAUGCAGCUAAAAUCUGAUUUAGAAAAUGGAGACACUAAAGCGAAAAUUGAAGCUUUGAAAAAUAUUAUUCAUUUAAUUGCAAAUGGAGAGCGUCUACCUGGUUUACUUAUGCAUAUCAUACGUUUUGUUUUGCCAUCACAAGACCAUACCAUAAAAAAAUUACUGCUUAUAUUUUGGGAAAUCGUUCCUAAAACUACUCCAGAUGGCAAACUUCUCCAGGAAAUGAUUUUGGUUUGUGAUGCCUAUCGGAAGGACUUACAACAUCCUAAUGAAUUUGUCAGGGGAUCUACAUUACGUUUUCUAUGUAAACUUAAAGAACCUGAAUUGCUUGAGCCUUUAAUGCCUGCUAUAAGAGCUUGUUUAGAGCAUCGGGUUUCAUAUGUACGAAGAAAUGCAGUACUUGCAAUAUUUACCAUUUAUAGGAAUUUUGAAUUCUUAGCUCCUGAUGCACCAGAACUUAUUGCUAAUUUCUUAGAUGGGGAGCAAGACAUGUCAUGUAAAAGAAAUGCUUUCUUAAUGCUCCUACAUGCUGACCAAGAACGUGCCUUAUCCUACUUAGCUUCAUGUCUUGAUCAAGUGACUUCCUUUGGCGAUAUACUUCAAUUAGUUAUUGUUGAAUUAAUUUAUAAGGUUUGCCAUGCUAACCCUUCUGAACGUUCUCGAUUUAUACGUUGCAUUUAUAAUUUACUCAAUUCUAACAGUCCUGCUGUGCGAUAUGAAGCUGCUGGAACUUUAAUCACACUUUCGAAUGCUCCUACUGCAAUAAAAGCUGCUGCUUCUUGUUACAUUGAUUUGAUAAUAAAGGAAAGUGAUAAUAAUGUUAAAUUAAUUGUAUUAGAUCGUCUUAUAUCUUUAAAAGAAAUUCCUACUCAUGAACGGGUUCUUCAAGAUUUAGUUAUGGAUAUAUUACGUGUGCUAGCCAGUCCUGACAUGGAAGUAAAGAAAAAAGCCUUAAGCCUAGCACUGGAUCUCACUACUUCACGGUGUGUUGAAGAAAUGGUUUUAAUGUUAAAAAAAGAAGUUGCUAAGACACAUAACUUGACAGAACAUGAAGAUGCUGGAAAAUAUCGUCAACUUCUUGUUAGAACUCUUCAUUCCUGUUGCAUGAAGUUUCCAGAUGUUGCUGCUUCAGUUAUACCAGUAUUAAUGGAAUUUCUCUCAGAUACAAGUGAACUAGCUUCGUAUGAUGUUCUUAUAUUUGUCCGAGAAGCAAUUCAUAAGUUUGAUUCUUUAAGGGUUUUGAUCAUAGAGAAAUUAUUAGAAGCGUUUCCAACCAUAAAAUCUAUGAAAGUUCAUCGAGCUGCUCUUUGGAUAUUGGGUGAAUAUACUACUUCAGUUACAGAUAUUAAAGAAGUCAUGAAACAAAUAAAACAUGCCCUUGGAGAGAUACCACUUGUCGAUGAUGAAAUAAAAAGAGCUUCUGGAGAGAAAGUUGAGGAAGUUGAUCAUCGAGAUCAAGUAAAACUGGUUACAUCUGAUGGAACAUAUGCUACACAAUCAAUAUUUAACACCAUUCUAACUAAACUUAAUCUAAAGAAACCUGUUCCAACUUGUCCUCAAAAGAAAACUUAUAAAAUUGUUCAAUAUAAGACCAGAAAACAUAAAAGGGCAAUUAAAAAAGAGGAUCGACCUCCUCUCAGACAAUACUUGAUUGAUGGAGACUUUUUUAUUGGUGUAUCUGUGGCUUCUACGCUUGUGAAAUUAGCAUUACGUUAUAAAGAGCUUGUUCAGCAGGAAAAUAUGUACCAUAAAUUUUUUGCUGAGUGUAUGCUAAUCAUUUCAUCUAUAGUUCGUCUGGGUAAAUCUGGAUAUCCUUCGAAACAGCUGAGCUAUGAUGAUUAUGAACGAAUGUUACUUUGUCUAAAGGUUCUCUCUGAAAAUAAUGCACCUAUUGUAAAAAUUUUCAACACUGAUUGUCGCAAUGCUCUUGCUAAUAUGUUAGUUGCUCAACAGAAUGAGGAGUACUCACUUAUUAAGGCCAAAGAAAAAUCCGUCCAUACCAUCCAAGUUGAUGAUCCUGUAUCAUUUUUACAAUUAUCAACGAUACGAUCAUCUGAUUUUGGUUCAGAAAAUGUUUUUGAGCUUAGUUUAAAUCAAGCUGUCGGGGGGCCAAAUACAGCUACAAACACAGCUGAACUUCCAUUUUCAGCCAGUAAAUUGAAUAAAGUAACUCAGCUGACAGGGUUUUCAGAUCCAGUUUAUGCAGAAGCAUAUGUUCAUGUCAACCAGUAUGACAUUGUACUUGAUGUUUUGAUCGUUAAUCAAACAGGUGAUACACUUCAAAACUGUACGCUUGAACUAGCAACUCUUGGUGAUCUGAAGCUUGUCGAAAAACCUCAACCUUGUGUUCUAGCUCCUUAUGAUUUCUGCAACAUUAAAGCAAAUGUGAAGGUUGCAUCUACUGAAAAUGGAAUCAUAUUUGGCAAUAUUGUUUAUGAUAUUAGUGGAGCUGCUUCUGACAGAAACGUUGUUGUUCUUAAUGAUAUCCAUAUAGAUAUCAUGGAUUAUAUUGUUCCUGCUAUCUGUUCAGACACAGAAUUUCGUCAGAUGUGGGCUGAAUUUGAGUGGGAAAACAAGGUGUCAGUUAACACUUAUUUGGUCGAUCUUCAUGAAUAUCUUGGCCAUUUAUUGAAGAGCACUAAUAUGAAAUGUUUAACACCAGAAAAAGCUCUAUGUGGGCAAUGUGGAUUUAUGGCUGCUAAUAUGUAUGCCCGUUCAAUUUUUGGUGAAGAUGCACUUGCUAACUUAAGCAUCGAAAAACCGUUUAAUAAGCCUAAUGCACCUGUUACUGGGCAUAUUAGAAUCAGAGCUAAAAGCCAGGGUAUGGCAUUAAGCUUAGGAGAUAAAAUUAAUAUGACCCAGAAGAAACCUACUAUCAUGGCUCAGUGAAACAUAAUAGUUUCAUUGUUAAAAUGCAUUUCAAGAUUGUUUAGACUUUUUAUAUCUAUUGGUUUAUAAGUAUUUGGAAUUAUGGGAUUCACAACUCUGAAUUUGUUAAAGUAUUUUAAAUCAAGUUAUCAAAAAUUAUUUUUACUUCAAUCUAAUAGUUGUACAUUAUUAUUAGAUGUGAGUACCUACAAAUAUAUAGAUUUUUUGUACCUUUCUAUGACUUAUUAAAAUAUUUCAUUUGAUGUACAUUAUAUAUUGUUGACCUAAAUUAAAAAAGCUUAUGUAUCUUAUUCUUAAAUUUGUUUUUAUUAUUCUUAGAAUAAUGCUAUUAUAUUUUGUGAUAUCUCAAUUUGAAAAUAGUAUAUAUGUGUGUGUGUUAAUAUACAUGUGUAUAUUAUUAAUAUUCUAAUAAUAAAUAUUUAUAUUUAAAAGUCAGUAAAAUUAUAUGUAUGUUUGUAUAACUAUACUGGGUGUCCUGUAAAUAGAGAGACAUUUUUGUAGGAGUUAUAGCAGAUCUCAAGAACUACAAAAAAAUUCAUAUAAACAAUGGGCCUUAAUUUUCAGCUGAAAAGUAGGAAAUUCAAUUUCUUUUUUUUUAGCAACCUACACAAAAUUUACCUCAAAUUAAAAUACAGUUUGUCAUCGUUAAAACCAUUUAAAGAGGACUUUAAAAUGGCUAAAUUAAGCUUAAAAAAAUCAUAAAUAACUAGUGAUUUUUUUUUGCAAUUAUUCAUCAUCUAAAGUGGUACUUUGUUUUUAAUAAGAUCUAUAUUAUUGGAAUUAAUUCAUACUUUUAAGUGAUGCAAUAACUGUUUCUAGUCGUAACAUUUACAUUUAAAAUAAAGAAACCUGCUGAUUGCUUCAAUUAUUUUCAUGAAAACGUAAAUAUUAGGAUCAGGAACAUUUAUUUUAUCACUUAUAAACACGAAUCUAUUCCUAUAAUAUAAUAUUCCUAUAAUAUAGAUCUUAGUAAAAAACGAAUUUUUAGUACCACUUUAGAUGAUGAACCAUCGCAAAAACAUUAUUUUAAACUUUUUUUUA